AAAGCACUCUCUGAUUUACCUUAUAUUUCAGCCCAAAUAUUGCUAAUCUACUGCAUUACAGGUUGCAACUAUUGAGCGAUGAAUUUCUCAGUCGAUGGCAACGUCACACACGUCUCUCUCAACGUCAGAGACACGUUUGUCACGGCUUUGACAAAGAACAUUAUUGUGGUGGCACUGUGGAUCUCCAUCAACUACAUCAAUGGCACAUUUGUCCACACCUUCUUGAAACACGAGACCUUCAAUGUCAACCCUCGCUACAUCCUCUUCAUCCACCUGGUGAUCAAUGACAUGAUCCAAUUGACCAUUGCUGUCUUCCUGCAUGUCAUAAGCUACAUCCUGUUCACAAUCAAUGUGUCUUUUUGCUGCUUUCUUUUGAUGAUUGCCAUUUUUACCACUUUGAAUACUCCUGUGAACCUGGCUACCAUGGCCUUAGAGCGCUAUAUAGCUAUAUGUAUACCGCUGCGCCAUUCUCAGAUAUGUACAGUGCGCAGGACCUACAUUCUCAUUGGCAUCAUUUGGAUCAUGGCCACGAUUCCAAUUUUACCUGACCUUUUCAUUCUCUUGGCCACAGAACCACUUCAGUUCUUCCACUCCAAAAUAUUCUGUAGCCGAGACUCACUUUUCCGCAACCCGUACCUGAUAGAGAAGAAAAACAUUUCCCACGCUGUGUAUCUGACUGUUGUUUGGUUCACUCUUUUCUAUACGUAUUUCAGGAUCAUGUUCACUGCCAAGGCGGCGAAUGCGGAUGCCAGGAAGGCUCGCAACACCAUCUUGCUUCAUGCUGUACAGUUGUUAAUGUGCAUGUUCACCUACAUAGGCCCUUUGAUUGACAGCCUGAUGCUAUAUAUAUUUUCCACACACGCGCUGGAGAUCCGGUUUACUAGCUAUGUAAUUGUUCAUAUUUUGCCCAGGCUUAUUAGUCCAAUAGUUUAUGGGCUUAGAGAUCAGACCUUUUGUAAGUAUCUGAAGAGGUACCUGAUGUGUCGGGUGAAUGAGCAUUUAUCCUCAAAAUGUGUCCCUUUCAAACACCACCAGCCAAGGGAAAAGGUCUUUAUAGAUCACAUAGCAGGAUAAUUCUUCUCCAUGUGUAUAUACUCUAUAUUUUCAGUGGUUUAUUUUGAAAGGUGUGUAACUAAA